AUGGGGACCAGGUUUGCACCUAGUUUUGCUAACCUCUAUAUGGGCCGCUUCGAAGAGGAGUACAUCUGGGGCGGCCCAUAUAGAGAGAACCUGGUUCUCUAUGGCCGUUACAUAGACGACUUGUUCAUUAUUUGGAAAGGGGGUCACCAACAAGCACUUAAUUUUGUUAAUUUUUUGAAUGACAACUCUUAUAAUUUAAAAUUCACUUAUAAUUUUGAUUUCUUCACUACUCACUUUCUUGAUAUCACGUUCUCAAUUGACAAUGACAAAAUUAUAUCUACCAACUAUAUUAAACCGUAUGUGGGAAGAACUACCAGAUCAAUUAAAUCAAGAUUUAGAGAACAUAGGCUUAACAUUAUUAAAAAACUUCAAACUCACAGCGUGUCCCGCCACUUCUCAAGAGAACACAAUGGUGAUCCAUCAUCCCUCUCUAUUAUAGGGCUUGAACAGUUUACAAGCACAAAAAGAGGAGAUUUACCAAAAGACUGCAGUGAAAUCCCACUGUACAAAGACAGUGGAGUCUAUGCAAUCCAGCCCAAAGAUUUACACCCCCUCGUUGUGUACUGUGACAUGACUACAAACAGUGGUGGCUGGAUUGUCAUCCAACGUAACACAUUCAACUCAGAGAUCACCUGGGAUGAGUCCUGGACCACUUACAAAUAUGGCUUUGGGAAUGUAGAGAAGGACUACUGGCUGGGCAUAGAAUAUCUUCACCGCAUUACUAAGCAGAAAGUCUAUCAGGCACGUUUCGUCCUCAUAGACAAUAACAAUGAGGAAAAAUAUGCUGAUUAUAACCUAUUCAGCGUAGAAGAUGAAGCUAAUGGCUACAGGCUGAGGCUGGGCAGCUACACGGGCACCGCUGGGGACGCCAUGUCUUCACUCCAGGCAGGAACCACACAUGACAACAUGAAGUUUACAGCUAAGGACAAAGACCAGGACAUUUACAGCGCCAACUGUGCUACCAGCUACGGUGGAGCCUGGUGGUAUGCAGCCUGCUUUGCCUCCAAGCUCAACAACAAGAAUGCCAUUCAGUGGCAGGGACUCUGUGCUGGCAACUGUAAGGGAUCCACUGUAUUAAUCCGCCCUGCAGAUUACUGCGUCUACUAG